AAGGCUAAUAAAUUCCAGAGUGAUAUGUCCGUGCGAGAAGAAAAUGAACACUACUUCUUUUUUAAACACACAAACACACACAUACACACAGCUGAUGCUGUGUUUGAGAACAAGCUUAACACAAUUCAACAGCAACAGCAUAUAAUCUCUCACUGUUCUUGAAUGUUUUGCGGCUGUGAAGUAUUUACUGGAUUUUAGGAAGUAGGGUGUGAGGUUUUCUUAUGGCGUCGAAUAAUAAUAAUAAUGCAAUGAAGAAUGUUGGGGUUCCGGCUGCGUUUGGGAAUUCAGGGGUGAUUUCUCAGACUACACCUAUGAAUCAUCAGAUGCAAUCACAUUUGAUGGCUCAGGCGAAUCCUCAGGCACAAAGUGGGGCUCACUUUCAGGGUCAUUUUCAGUUGACUGAUAGGCACCACGCGCAGGCUUUGGCUCAGGCUCAGUAUGCUCACCUUCAACAAGUUCGAGGGCAAACUCCUCACAACCAAUUUCAAGCUCAGGCACAGCCUUAUUCACAGAUAAAUAGUCAAGGGGUUAAUAAUUCGGGUGUUUCUUCACCCUCUAUUGCUACACCGGGUACAGGGAGUGCGAAACGACCACCUCAGAAGCAGUCUGCUCGGCCUCCAAAUUCUUCAGGUCCAGGUUCUGCUUCUCCUCUGAAAGCUAUGGAACUAACUCCGGCAGCUAAUAGGAAGAAGAGAAAGCUUCCUGAGAAGCAGAUUCCAGAUAAGGUUGCUGCUCUUCUACCUGAAUCAGCUCUUUAUACUCAGUUGCUUGAAUUCGAAUCUCGCGUAGAUGCUGCCCUUUCCAGAAAGAAGCUUGACAUUCAGGAAUCUCUCAAGAACCGUCAACAUGUUCAGAAAACUCUUCGAAUAUAUGUAUUUAAUACCUUUGCUAACCAGAGACAAAGAGUACCCGAGAAAGAGAAUGCUGAGCCCCCUUCAUGGUCACUUAAGAUGAUAGGGAGGAUUCUCGAAGAUGAGACUGAUCCUGGUGCAACAAGUAUGGGACAAAGCUCGAAUGUUUCAUAUCCAAAGUUUUCAACUUUCUUCAAGAAAGUUACUAUAUAUUUGGACCAGAGUCUUUAUCCAGAUAACCAUGUAAUUGUCUGGGACAAUUCUCGAUCGCCUGCCCCUCAUGAUGGAUUUGAGGUGAAGAGGAAAGGCGACAAGGAAUUCACUGCAAUGAUCAGACUGGAAAUGAACUAUGUGCCUGAAAAAUUUCAACUUUCACCCGCUCUAUCGGAGGUCCUUGGUAUAGAAGUGGAAACCCGUCCAAGGGUUAUAUCUGCCAUUUGGCACUAUGUUAAGGCUAGAAAAUUACAAAUUUCAACUGAGCCUUCUUUCUUUAUGUGUGAUCCACCACUUAAGAAAAUAUUUGGGGAAGACAAGGUGAAAUUUGGUAUGAUUCCAAUGAAGAUAUCUUCGCAUCUGACUCCUCCCCAACCUAUUCAUUUGGAAUAUAAGAUAAAGCUUUCUGGGAAUGGUAGCGAAAGUAGUAUUUGUUAUGAUGUACAGGUUGACAUUCCCUUCUCACUGGACAAGGAGAUGGCCAAUUUCUUGGCGAAUUUAGAUAAGCACAAGGAAAUUGAUGCCUGUGAUGAAGCUAUCUCGUCUGCUAUAAAGAAGAUACAUGAACAUCGGCUGAGGCGGGCUUUCUUUCUCGGAUUCAGUCAGUCUCCAGCGGAUUUCAUUGAUUCACUAAUUGCUUCUCAAAGCAAGGAUUUGAAGCUUCUUUCUGGAGAUGCCAAUCAUAAUGCUGAGAAGGAGCGCCGCUCGGAAUUCUAUAACCAACCUUGGCUGGAAGAUGCUGUCAUCCGUUAUAUCAAUCGAAAACCUGCAGCUGGAAAUGAUGUUCCUGGAAGCACAUAGUAUUUAGGUGAGGUUGUAGGAGCUGGUCUGCGCGCGCUUUGUAUCGGUGCCCAAAGCUAUCUGUAGUGUGUAUUGAAACAAUUAGCCAUUAUAACUGUCUUAGAAUGUUUUUAUGAGGGCAAUAGGCUCGGUGGUUCAGGUUCAUUAUUCAAACUUGUCCAAGUUAAAUUGACGGAGAUGAUUUCGCUCGGUCAAGGUAGGGAGUCUGAACAACACGGCUUUCGGCUUCUAAAUCUAUCAAGCUUUUCAGGUUUUGUUAAUCAGUGUUCAUUUUCUGUCAGAUAGGCAAGGAGGGACAGUGCUUGUACUAUUUACUAGUUUGUGUUUAAGCAACUUUUUUUUUUUUUUGAUGAUAUUAAACAACUUUCUUAAUGUUCUUUCUCAUGGUGAA